AUGGUAAGAAAUCGCAUACUUUCUCGCACAAAAUCGGAAUCCGCCAAAGGAAACCGCGGUUCGGCUGGAACGGGAAAUGCUCGCACCGUAACGAUUCCGUCGUUCGAGGAGUUCCUCCUCAAGCGUGACUACGUCGGUGCUAAUACGGUGCUUCAGCGUUCGAAAGACUACGAUGAGGUGCCGGAACAGCUCAAACAGCUGUGGACGGGAUUCUGCGAUUUCCAUAUCGGAGAGUACAAGCGAGCCCUGCAGCUAUAUGAGAAGCUGUAUGCCGCCGAUAACUCCCAGAAGGAGGUUGCGCUGAACAUUUGCGUCUGCAUGUUCUACCUCGGAAUGUACGAUGAGGCGCAAAAGCUCGUGGAGGAGUUGCCCCAAAGUCCACUGAAGAUAAGGCUGUUGUUCCAUCUGGCGCACAAGUUGAGCGACGAGGAUCGUCUGAUGGAGCUGCAUGGAUCCCUGCGAGAUGUGGUCGAGGACCAGCUUAGCCUGGCCGGGAUGCACUACCUUCGGUCCCACUACCAGGAGGCGAUCGACAUCUAUAAACGCGUGCUUCUCGACAACAAGGACCUGCUGGCUCUGAACGUGUACGUCGCGAUCUGCUACUACAAGCUGGACUACUACGACAUCUCACAGGAGGUGCUCGACCUGUAUUUGAACCAGUUCCCGGACAGCACGAUUGCCAUCAAUCUGAAGGCAUGCAAUCGCUUCCGGCUGUUCAAUGGAAGGGCGGCCGAGCAGGAAAUCAAACACCUAGUGGAGAGCGGUACGUUUGGAGCGGAUCUAAUCAAGCACAAUCUCGUGGUGUUUCGUAAUGGGGAAGGAGCGUUGCAGGUCCUCCCGCAACUGAUCGACAUUGUCCCAGAGGCACGCCUAAAUCUGGCCAUACAUCACCUUCGUCGAGGAGAGAUACAGGAAGCGUACCACCUGAUGAAGGAAGUGCAGCCCACCGUACCGCAAGAGUACAUCCUCAAAGGUGUGGUGCACGCCGCACUCGGCCAAGAAACGGGCUCCAAGGAACACCUCAAGAAUGCGCAGCAAUGUCUGCACCUUGUGGGAGGUUCUGCCUCCGAGUGCGACACUAUCCCGGGACGACAGAGCAUGGCGUCGGCUUUCUUCCUGUACGGCCAGUUCGAGGAGGUCCUCGUGUAUCUCAACUCAAUCCGCAGCUACUUCGUUAACGACGACAUCUUCAACUACAACUACGCCCAGGCGAAGGCCGCCACCGGGUACUACAAGGAGGCCGAAGAGUUGCUGCUCCAGAUCCACGACAUCUCCAUCAAAACGGAUAGCACGUUCGCGAUGGUGCUGGCCAAGUGUCACAUCCACGCCGGGCACGCGGAUCAAGCGUGGAACAUUUUCCUAACCAAGGACUCCACGCCGGACGCAUUUGCCCUGCUCCAGCUGAUCGCCAACGACAGUUACCGUGUUGGAGAGUUUUGGAUCGCCGCGAAGGCUUUCGAUACGCUCGAGAAGCUCGAUCCCAAUCCGGAAUACUGGGAAGGGAAACGGGGCGCCUGUGCCGGAGCGGUCCAGGCCAUUUUGGCCAAACGUGGCAGCGGGGCACCGCCGGGCGGAGUGUCGGAGAUUAUUUCGCUCCUGCGUGACUCCACCAACACCCAGGCGGAAGGCAUGCUGAGAGUGAUUCGACGAUUUGCGAGCAGCAUCAAAUAG